CCAAGGGACAAGUAACAAGCUCACCCAGUUGGGCACUUUUGAAGACCACUUUCUGAGCCUCCAGAGGAUGUUCAACAACUGUGAGGUGGUCCUUGGGAAUUUGGAAAUUACCUACAUGCAGAGUAGUUACAACCUUUCUUUUCUCAAGACCAUCCAGGAGGUUGCUGGCUAUGUACUCAUUGCCCUCAACACAGUGGAGAAGAUUCCGCUGGAAAACCUGCAGAUCAUCCGAGGAAAUGUGCUUUAUGAAAACACCCAUGCCUUAGCGGUCUUAUCCAACUAUGGAGCAAACAAAACCGGACUGAGGGAGCUGCCCUUGAGAAACUUACAGGAAAUUCUGCAAGGUGCCGUGCGAUUCAGCAACAACCCUGUCCUCUGCAACGUGGAGACCAUCCAGUGGCGGGACAUCGUCAACCCUGACUUUCUAAGCAACAUGACAGGGGACUUUCAGAACCAGCUGAGCAACUGCCCGAAGUGUGAUCCAGUCUGUCUCAAUGGAAGCUGCUGGGGUGCUGGGAAGGAGAACUGCCAGAAAUUGACCAAAAUCAUCUGUGCCCAGCAGUGUUCCGGGCGCUGCCGUGGCAGGUCCCCCAGCGACUGCUGUCACAACCAGUGUGCCGCUGGCUGCACGGGGCCGCGGGAGAGUGACUGCCUGGUCUGCCGCAGGUUCCGUGAUGAAGCCACCUGCAAGGACACAUGUCCGCCACUCAUGCUCUAUGACCCUACCACCUACGAGAUGAAGGUCAACCCGCUGGGGAAGUACAGCUUUGGCGCCACCUGUGUCAAGAAGUGUCCCCGUAACUAUGUGGUGACAGACCAUGGCUCAUGCGUCCGCGCCUGCAGUUCUGACAGCCAGGAGGUAGAAGAAGAUGGUGUCCGCAAGUGUAAAAAGUGUGACGGGCCUUGUGGCAAAGUUUGUAACGGAAUAGGAAUCGGUGAGUUUAAAGGCACACUUUCCAUAAAUGCUACAAACAUUAAACACUACAGAAACUGCACAUCCAUCAGUGGAGAUCUUCAUAUCCUGCCGGUAGCAUUCAAGGGUGACUCCUUCACACAUACGGCUCCUCUGGACCCGAAAGAGCUGGACAUUCUAAAAACUGUAAAAGAAAUUACAGGGUUUUUGCUGAUUCAGGCCUGGCCCGAAAACAGGACUGACCUCGAUGCUUUUGAGAACCUGGAAAUCAUACGUGGCAGAACGAAGCAGCAUGGCCAGUUUUCUCUUGCGGUCGUCGGCCUGAGUAUAACAUCCUUGGGAUUACGCUCCCUCAAGGAGAUAAGUGAUGGUGAUGUGAUAAUUUCAGGAAAUCAAAACUUGUGCUAUGCAGAUACGAUACGCUGGAAAAAACUUUUGGGGACCUCAACUCAGAAUGCCAAAAUUUCAAAAAACAGGAGUCAACAACAGUGCAGCGCCACAGGCCACACCUGUCACCCGCUGUGCUCGUCAGAGGGCUGCUGGGGACCUGGGCCCAAAUUCUGCUUGUCCUGUCAGAACUUCAGUCGUGGCAAGGAGUGUGUGGAAAAGUGCAACCUUCUAGAGGGAGAGCCCAGGGAGUUCGUGGAGAAUUCCGAGUGUGUGCAGUGCCAUCCAGAAUGCCUGCCCCAGGCCAUGAAUGUGACCUGCACUGGACGCGGACCAGGCAACUGUGUAAAGUGUGCCCACUACAUUGAUGGCCCUCACUGCGUCAAGACCUGCCCUGCUGGAGUCGCAGGAGAGAACGGCACCCUGAUCUGGAAAUUUGCAGAUGCCAGUCACGUGUGUCACCUGUGCCACCCCAACUGCACCUAUGGCUGUACGGGGCCAGGUCUCAAAGGCUGUGCGGCAGAUGGGUAAGUGCGACACUUCGUGCUUGGUGGCCUGACCAGAAACAGCCGAUAGUUCUGUGGGCAGGGUAAUGCUUUCUCUCUCUCAGUGCUUUCUCCGACUCCCCUCUGCCCUGGCAGGUUCUCACUUUUCCCCAGGCCAAACUGGGCAUUCCUAGCAGAACCCACCCUGCCUGCAUUACCGGCUGUGUCCCAGGGAUGGGAGAGUGACACAGGGCAUCAGUGCCAGGCCUCUUCCACAUAGAGCCAGCCUCACCACCUGGUCCUUCUCUAUCUAUACAACCCGUCAUUGCUCCACGGGUCACAGUAUUAUUGGAUGAUGCUUCUCUUCCAGCUUCUCUUCUCUUUCCUCGCUGACCCAGUUGACCCUCAGCUUGUGGGGCUUUGAUGACAGAGCUCCAACUGUGGGGAUUUCUCCCCUUACUUCCUUUUCUAAACACAUGACUUCCUUCAGCAUUUCAGUUGUGAUCUGUUUGCCGUCAUUGCCUGAAAUGCUACCCAGAGAAAAGCAGAAUUGAGACUUUCUCUUCAGACUCAUCAGGGAAGAAUGAUAUUAUCAAUUAAUAAUAUCUGUCAUGGAAUCAGAAUUAUACAUAAGACACCCACCAGAUACCCCCAAACACUAGCCAAAUAUCCAGGCACCUCUGCCAUCUCUACUAAUGUUUACAAAAGUCCUCCCCUCAACAACUUUGCUCAGCGUCAGUCAGCUCAGUCUCUUGCCCAAGAAUUAGCCAAGAUAACCAAUCCCUUCUACUAUAAGUGAAACAUUAAAGACAAAUAGGGAAGUUUCUCAAAGACAAAGGUUGCCUUUUAUGCCCCUCUUCACUUGAGCCAUGAGGACACCAGCAAGCUUCAUCCUCUCUUCACGCUGCAGUCAGUAUCUUAGCAAUGAGGUUUUCCAUCAUAUCCCCACCCUGAAACCAAUCAAUGACCUUUG